AUGUCUGACGGUCUCUAUGGCGUCAAACAAGCCUCAAAAACCAAGGCCAAAGAGAUAUCCUCCUCCACGUCUCUCGCCUUUUCCACAAAACUCGCAUCACUAAUCUCCAGUUCCUCCUCGUCCAAAACCAAUUCCACCUCUGGGCGACCCAGGCCUUCAAAGGACAAAUCAGACAUCUUCACAGCGCACAACAAGAAUGUCAAGAAACGCUCCGCCGCCGACCUCGAAGCCAACGAGCAGCGCCACAAAACAAGAGACGAGAUCGGGUCCGUCGACGAUGCGGAGUUGCACAGGUCCAAAAGGAAAAUGGAAGAUAAAGUGAGACUGUACAAUGCCAUGAAGCGCGGCGAAUAUAUUGGUCGAGAAGACUACGACGAGCGAGGGCUGGUGGACUUUGAUCGGAAAUGGGCCGAAGCCCAAGCCAAAGGUCAAGUCAGCGACUCUGAGGCGUCUGAUUCAGACGACGCCGGGACCGACGAUGACGAGAUUGUCGAAUACUUUGACGAGUUCGGUCGGUUGCGAAAAGGAACAAAGGCUCAGGCCGCGCGAGAGGAGAGGAGGAAGAGGAUACAAGCCAACGCAGCCGAAGAAGAAGAACGCAUGUCCGCAAGGCCAUCGAUGCCAACGAACGUCAUCUACGGAGAUACCAUCCAGCACUCCGCAUUCAAUCCCGAUCAGGACAUUGCAGAGCGGAUGGGGGAAAUCGCGAAGAAACGAGACAGAUCUGCCACUCCGCCUCCAGAUUCGCAUUUCGACGCCACCGCCGAGAUCAGGACGAAGGGCACCGGCUUCUACGCCUUCAGCCAAGAUUCGGACCAGAGGAAGAAGGAAAUGGAGGCGUUGGAGAAGGAAAGAAAAGAGACCGAGCGGAUACGUCAGGAACGCGAGGAGAAGAAAGAACUGCGCCGCAAGGAGAUUGAAGAAAGGCGCAGAGUCAUCGCCGAGCAGCGAGCCAAGGCACAGGCAGACAAGUUUCUUGACAGCUUGGACAUUGAAGGGGUAUGA